AUGACGCGCGUCCAGGCGAUCAUAGGUGUAGUGGGUCUCUGCGGGCUUUUCAGGGUUUCGCCGAACACCACCGUCCGCGGCGGAGCCGAUCGUCUCCUCUUCACGGACGAGAGCCACGUCAACGCCAAACGCCGGCCCGUUGCCUCGCCGCGUUUCGAUUCCAGAAGACGGAGAUCUGCCUCUCCGAUCUCCAGUUCGGCGCUUCGUUUCAGGUUUCGCGGUGCCGAUGCGGCGUUCGAUUCAAUCGGUAUGAGCGACGCCGAUUCGGAGUUCGUUGUCGCCGAGGAGCACGAACGAUGCGGUUAGGGAUUGGUGUAAUUGCCUUACAGGAGCCAGAUGACCAUGACAAAGCAUCAGAGAUAGAUCCGUGAUUUUGGUAUGGUCAAUUCUUCAUACUCAUGUUUUCAACAUAAUAAGCAAUAAUGAGUGUGCGGCUGUGUAUUAUGUAUGAUCACUGACUGCUUUUCCUGCUCAAAACUUGCGAGUGUUUGUUGAUGAUUGCUGUUUCGACUUGAUUGUUAUCUCUGACUAAAGAUUUAGAGCGGGAAUUCUAAGUAGGUAGAUGCAGUUUGAACACUAUUAGAUACUAGUUAGAAAUAUUGCAAGAAUUUUGAACAUACUGGCCGUUCACACAGGAUGACUAUUACUUCUAAUUAGGUUUACAAGAGGUUGCGUGAUAUGUGUAUUUUAUACUAACCAUUCUUUUGGGGUACUUCACAAAAGGUUGCGUGUUAUGUGUAUUUUAUACUAACUAUUCUAUUGGGGUGCUUUACAUGUGAUGCGUGUGUGUUAUUCUUUUCUAUGCCUCAAUCAACAAAAAACGUUACUUAUGUUAAUGAAAACUUCUCAUCUUUAAUUUCGAGUUUGGAACAAUCAACCUAUAUACCGCAGAUUGAAUCUAAAACCGAUUGCCAUUUUAGAAAUAUGAAAGGUGUACAAUCACCUACUUAAUUCAUUAUCUACUCAGCCCACUCCUAAAACAAUAUUCAUGAAGUUUUUGGCAACAUUUAUUUUCUAGCUCUUUAUAUGCUUUUCUUUCAUUUUUGGCAACAUUUAUUUUCUAGCUCUUUAUAUGCUUUCUUCAAAAAGGAUGAAACUACUAUUUGAUGAUCCUUGUCUCUUGUUUGUUAUUUUUUAAAUUUUGCAUCUGUCCAAUUUAUUUUGUUGUUCAUCUUUUACGGUAUUUCAUUUCAAAUACAACUGUAACGUCUCUGUUUCUGAAUUGGCUAUGCGCUUGUGGUAUUGCUGGACUCAGCGAUGCUUUUUAACUAAAAUUUGGAUUGUAAUUGUAGUCCAAGUUGCUCACACAUUUUAUUUAGUUUCUUUUUAUUCCAAGACUUGUAUAUGUAAUCUCGUUUAACACACUUUUGAGAAAUUGUUUAAAAGUGUAUAUAGUAAAACUAACAUGGGAUCUGAAAUUUGUCCCUUGAAAUAUCUAGAAUAAGAUCCUAGUAGCUUAAAAUCAAAGAUUUGAAAUAUCCAAUCAAGCCUAUCCAAAUAAGUCGAAAGAAAACGAACAUGCACCGCUCAUAUAAAUUGUUAGAUAAGGUACCUAGUUCCACUUGCAGGACAGAUCAUGGGAAGCUGGAGAGAUAAAUAAAAGCGAGUUUACUCUUAGUCGAAUUAUAGCUGAUCAUGGCUUGUAAUCCAGAGUGGUAGGGUAAAAUUGAAGAUGUCAAUCGGGUACAGCAGAAAUUCCACUCACAGCAAACUCACCAGCUUGAUAUCUUGCACAAGACCGUGGCCGUUGCAGUGACGACUGGAGCUGCAGUUGACGGAUAAGGAAGAAGAUAAAGUUGUCAAUUGUAUCCAUGAAAGCAGAGGUAAGAUCUCGACAAGAACUUGUCUUUGUAUGCAUUCCUGUUGUCUGAUUGUUUCAGUCUAUUCUACCCAACUAAAUUUUCGGGUUAUACAUUUUGUAGGCUAUCAAAGAACUUCUAGGAAGUCUAGGAAAACUGAAAAGAAAAAAGAAAAAAAAAAAAUUUAAGGCUGUACACCCUGGGAUUGUAAAACAUUGUAUGGUUCUGGUAACAAGAUACUGGAUGGUGUAACAGUGGACCUUGAAGG